AUGGCUGCCCGCUCGCCCGCAACCGCUCCCGCCCGGCCCUCCGCGGCGCUGCAGCGGCUCCUCUCCGAGUCCCCGCCGAGGCCGCCGCAGCGGCCGUCCGAGCUCGCCCUGAUCAAGCAGACGCUCUCCGACCUCCAGCUCCACCGCGGCGGGACCGCCAACGACGAGACGCGGCAGCUCAUCAGCUGGCUCUACGAAAAGGUCGGCCUGCUGCAGCGCGCCUUCCACUCGCUGUCGGACGUCCUGGUCGAGGAGGUGGACGCGCUGCGCGUGCGCGCGGGCGCACACGAGGCGCUGAUGGACAGCGUCAUGGCCCAGGCCGCCGAGGUUGCGCUGAUCAAGCAGGAGGCGCGCGCCGAGAGGUCGCAGCGCGCCAAGCUGGAGGAGCGGCUUCUUGCGCUCGAGCAGCGCGUGGGCGAGCAGGACGCGCUGCUCGAGGAGCAGGCCUCGGCGCUCAAGCGGCUGCGGUACCGUCUGCCGCAGGCGCUCGAGCCGCGCGCGGAGGAGGAGGAGCCGCCGAGGCUCGACCCCCGCUGCGGCGCCUGGCGCGAGCGCGUCCGGGACUGCUCUUGCGCAGCGGCGGACGCGGAGGGCGGGUGCUGCGGCGGUGGGCCGAGCGGCGGCGGCGGCUCCGGCGGCGGCAGCCCGAGCGGCGAGUGGCGGUGGGGCGGCGGAGAGGCGGGGCAGCGCGUGCGGCAGUACCGUGCCCCACCCUGAGCACAUGCACCCCGCCCUCGACGACGGGCGCGGGACGGAGAUUGGUUAUGUGUGGCUUAGCGCUGCGCGCUCGAAGUGAGAAAGAAAAGAGAGAAGAAUAUC